AUGACUACUUUGAAAUUGCCUCCCUAUCCUUCGUCUCAUGCUCUGAAAGCCUUGUCGCCAUCCAAAAGAGCUUCUAUCAACCAAGCAAUUGCUUCUUCUCUUGCGGCCACGCUGGACCUGCCACCCCGAAAGCGCGACGAACCCUCUUCACGCGCCUUCCUUGCAUCUUAUGCAAACAAUGUCGCCUUCAACACUUUACAAGAUAUCAUCUGGGGGGAUCCCACAUCGGCACAGUCCAAGCUGUUAUCUAAACACGAGCUUCUUAUCAGAAAGCGAUCCUUACUCCUCGCGGAGAAGAUUGCCCCGUCAGGUUUGGACCUUCCCGUCCUCCUGGAUUUGAGUAUAGUUUAUGGACGUACAAAUCCUGUGCAACUUCACGCUGUCUUCACCGCGUCUCUUUACCUCUCUUCUUCCCCCAUAGCGGACCUCGUUUCUACGCAGCUCAUUCCCGCGUUUACCAGCCUUCUAUCGCAGGAAAAUCCCUCAUCUCAAGGACUGUACGCACAAAGAAAAACUGCAGAAUGUAUAUACACUUUUCUGCGGGUGGCGAAAGGCCGUGGAUCAGGAUCAGCUUCUCCCCUCGUGCUAUCUUUUGCUAAAAGCAAACCUUUCGUCAUCAACCUAGCAAAACUGUACAGUGCGGGGUUAGCAGCCACCGCUCAAUCUUACGGAGGCCUGUCUGUCUUGGCAACAGGCAUAGAUGAUAACAGGAGAGAACCAGAUGAUUGGGAGCGUAUUUGGGUCGAGACUAAAGUGGCGCUUCUUGAUUCAUUCCACAUUAUCUUAGGGGCCCUCUUGGUUGAUCUGGCAUCCACUCAUGGCGGCCCCGCACUAGCAGCCAAGGCGGAGUCAACAUUUGACCUCAUUUUCGCCCUUAUCGACAUUCCUCAGGCUCCUGCACCUUCCAACGGAGCCACAGUGCCCCCCAUACCGUUCCUGAACAUGUCUUUGCUAGGAGAUUAUCAGCACGCUUACUCUCUCUCGAGAACCCUUGCUGGUUCCCUUCGACGUGCACAGAAAGAGGAUGAUGCUAGGUUAGAUUUCCUCGGUGGAACACUCCGAUCUCUUGCGGGAGAGCCUGGCCAACCAUCGGAUCACGCUCAAGGGAGAAAAGAGCCAGGAGCACUCAAAAUUCUGCUCCGCUCCUCCGGAAUCCAACCAGGUAUCGACAACCGAGGAAAUCGUCCCGCAACUGCAACAGGUCCACCGACCGCCGUAAAGGGCAAAGCAAGGGCUGCUGAGACCCCAUCCCAAGCCGACCUUGACAUGGAGAUUACGCAGGUUCUGGAUAUAUUCCCAGAUGUGUCACCCUCCUAUGUGCGAUAUUUGCUUUUGCACGACAGAUACAAUGGGGACCCAGAGAAGGUUGUGGAGGCGCUGUUGGAUGGGACGGCACCGCCCGAAGACGAGCUCACAAUACAAGAUCAAGCGGAGGACAGUCACCGGACUGCGGAGGAGUAUCGCGUUAGUGAACGCAGAAAUAUAUUCGAUGACCACGAGAUGGAAGUGACUCAACUGAGGGUAGGAAAGAAGGUCAGAGGCGAGGAAGUCCUGCGUGAUCGAACUUUCAUAGAACAGAUGAAAGCCGAUAUUCUACGGCGAGCGGAAGCCAUCUCCGACGAAGAGGAAGAUGAAGAGGAUCAAGAUGAACCGUCACAAAGGACAAAGUGGGAGGGUAAGAAGGGCCUCAGUCCGCCAACCGACGAGGAUGAGGAUGAUGUCGACCUUGCAAAUGUUAAGAUUACCGCUGACGGAGAAGCUUCUGGUGACGAGGAAGAAGACGAGGAGAUAGACGGGGGAUGGGAAGAUGAACAAAUCGAAGGCUGGAAAAUUAUGCUUGAAAAAAACCCGAGAAAGGACAAGAUUUUACAGAAGCACGAAUUUUCAGGAAAUCGCUCCCAGGCAGCCGUUACAAUUCAGAGUGGAGCAGGACCAUCGGGCAACGGGGGAAGAGGCAGAGGAGGCGGGAGGAGAGGUGGAGGCGGUGGAGGCGAUGGGAGGGGUGGCGGGAGAGGUGGAGGGCCAACCGGAGGAAGUGCACGAGAGCGCGCGUGGAAGGAUAAAAACAAAUCCAGCCGAGGGAAUCAUAACCGCAAACGUGGGCACGAUAAGAAGAUGGCACGGGCUGGGGCUGGUGUUCCCCCAUGAACAGGGUUUGUGGAAAACAGGCUUUACCACUCAUACCUAGGUACAAAUAACGACCUGCACUGAUAUCUGCCACACUUUACAAGUAAAUGACAGUAACUCUACCUGAGGACCGCCUCGGUGUAAGUGAAUCAUUGAAUUGGCUUACCGUUCCUGUUUGUUCUUCGUUAUAUUAUUGACUCAUUUCUUUGG